AUGGCGGCUCUUUUGUCCGAAUACGAACAGCUGCCUCCCCGGCCAAUUCCGUUGAAGACGUUACGCGGAUUCGCUAACCCACCGACCCUAGAGUCUGUCCUAGAAUCUGCAUCUUAUGUUCGGGCGGAGCUUCCAAGGAGGCUGGUUCAGAGAGUUCGAGCUUUGGAUAGUCUACCUUUUAUCGUCGGGAUGAACCCAUUCAUAAUGCGAACACAUAAACUAUACCACUCGUCGUUUGAGCGCCUUGCAACAUUUCCAGAAGUGAAGGAUCUGGAAGAUAACGACGAAUUCUCUCGAGAACUGGAAAGUCUAGUUGAGAUGCACGCAAAUGACAUUCCUACGAUAGCCAAAGGCUUCCAGGAAUGCUCGAAAUACCUAAAUCAAGAUCGUAUUUCCUCGUUUUUGGACCUUUCUAUCAGAGGAAGAAUUGCUGUUCGGCUUAUUGCCGAGCAGCAUAUUGCCUUAUCCCGAGCCGUAAGGGAACAGAGUGGACAACGGCUUGGCAAGAGGCAAUCUGUAGGGGAAGUGGGGGUUGCAAGUGCCAACUGUGCACCUGCAGACAUGGUACGAAUGUGUGCUGCGUUUGUUAGCGAACUUUGUGAAGCCACCCUGGGCGCCACGCCCCCUCUAGUCAUCGAUGGGAUUGUAGAUACCAAGUUCGCUUAUGUUCCUGUACACAUCGAAUACAUCCUGACGGAGAUUCUCAAGAACUCGUACCGUGCAACAGUAGAACACCAUCAAAAAAUCGGUAAACGAUCUAUGCAUGACCUUCCCCCAGUCACAGUCACGAUUGCACCGCCCAUGGCACCCUCCAGCACUAUAGUUGACAAUGAAGAUCCAGCCGCAACCUCGGACGGAGAUAAACCAUCUGGCUCUUCCCCCUCAUACCUCAGCAUUCGAGUCAGGGAUGAAGGUGGAGGCGUACCUCCAACCAAUCUGUCACGCAUAUUUUCCUAUGCCUUCACGACCGCUGGUCGCUUGGCCCAGAUUGGCGAGGAUGAUGGUGGACCAUAUGCAGCGCAGCAUAUUGGAGGGGCAGCUGCGAUGGGCGGUGGCUCGGGCGCAGGGGCAGGUAAUGUGUUUGGGGAAAUCGCUGGAAGAGGGCUUCAGACAGGGAUGGGGACUAUUGCCGGGUUGGGAUAUGGUCUCCCAAUGGCACAAUUGUACGCCAAGUAUUUUGGUGGAAGUUUGCAGUUAAUAUCGUUGUAUGGGCAUGGAGCUGACGUGUUUAUCAAGCUGAAAUGCCUUGAUGAGGACGCGGACGUUGUAAUAUAG